UCCUCCUCCGUAAUCCCCCGCCUCCCUCUGCUUGUUCAAACUCCCCGCCCCAAGGCAAGGCUGCCCCCCGCUCACACGCUGUUGCGCUUAGGAACAGGGCGCGCCACUCUGAGGAGACCGAAUCCAGGGGGGGAACUUUAGGGGCUCCAGCCCCCCUACAUGACGCCCUGCGGGGGAAGGAGCCAACUUAGUAGAAGGGGCCACAGAUUUCUACACCCCACGAGAGGGCAGGAUGGCCCCCAGGACCCGGAGGGAAUAGCCAACUAUGUAUCAGAGGGGACAAGAUCUGUCUGAUCACAGCGGCUUCGCAGGGCGGAGCGAAGCAAACACAGAGCCAGAGAAGCAGCCGGCAACAACGCGCGUCAGAAACAGCAUGACGAUGCAAAACUUCCUGCUUCCAGGGAAGGAAACCAGCUCCCCGAAGGAACAACUUUCGCCAUCCUUUUGGAGGGACGUCCAGCCAAAUAUGGGAGCAUCGGUCCGGAUGGAGAGAGCCCCCACUCCUCCGCCCGGGAUCAGCCUGCCUGGCCACGGACCAAACACUGGACAGGACCACUCCCUGCUGCUGCUCGGAUCCAUGAAAUUCCCGACUGGUAGCGUCUCUCCCCGGCAAGUCCUCUUGGUCUCCGUCUACCUGCUGGCAGUCAUGGGCCUCUCCAUCCUCCUACACCUGCCGAGGAAGUUCCUCUCUCCCUGGGACCCUGUGAUGUCCCCCCAAGGGCAGCCUCCUGCCACGGAGAGGGGCAUGUGGACCGUGAACUCCGCAGGGCGCCUGGGGAACCAGAUGGGGGAAUACGCCACCCUCUACGCCCUGGCCAAGAUGAACGGGCGCCAGGCCUACAUCCCGCCGGAGAUGCACCAGCAGCUGGCCCCGCUCUUCGGAGAUGCACCAGCAGCUCGGUACCUGGCCAGGCUGCGUGGGCAGCGCCGGAACGUGACCUACGUGGGGGUCCACGUCCGGAGGGGGGACUACGUCUGGGAGAUGCCCCAGCGUUGGAAAGGGGUGGUGGCGGACAAGGCCUACCUGGACAAGGCCAUGGGCUACUUCCGGGCCAGGUACCAGGAGCCGGUCUUCGUGGUGACCAGCAACGGGAUGGACUGGUGCCGGGAGAACAUUGACGCCUCGCGGGGGGACGUGUAUUUCUCGGGGGACGGGAAGGAGUCGUCGCCGGGGAGGGAUUUCGCUCUCUUGGCCCAUUGCAACCACACGAUCAUGACCAUCGGG